GCGAGAUCAGAUCCUAGUGUCCUUGGUGAAAUCCCGGGAUAGUUCCGCCGGUCGCCGCGGUCUGCGUCAGUCAACAUGACCAAUUACGGGGAGAUUCUGGACGGGACGCACUGUUUCCGUAAGACCUGGCUUGCGGGGCGCCUCGGGGCCCUUACCGGUCUUAUUGCCUCAACUUACCAUGUAGUUCUGUACACACCAGAAACAACCCUAGAAGGACUUAUGAGAGUAACCAAAUCCACUGUCACUAUGGCCACCUUAGGGGCAGUUUUUGCGGCAACAUCUUGCAUCAGUGCUGAGCUUCGAGACGCUCCAGAAGACCCCAUGAACUACUUCAUUGGAGGAUGUGCAUCCGGGGCAAUGAUAGGAGCCAAAACUAACAGUUUUGUUAUCGGCAGUUCAGCUUGUGUUGGUCUUGGUGCGUUAGCAGCUUUUGUCAAGGUUGGCAGGCAGCAAGGCUGGACAUUUUUGGUACUUCCUCGACAAUAACUUGGACUUCCUAAUUCUAAAAGCAGACGUCCUUCUCUGACUUCUUUUAUCAUAUAUAAAAGCAUUGUCGUAUGUACAAUUGCUAGUCACUAAUUGAAGCUCAUGGUGUUUCCAAACGAUAUAAAUAUUUAGAAAUAAUUGAAGGAUGUUGACAUAACUUGUACAUAUGAUAAAGUGGUGAUUUCACUGAAUUGUCUGUUUGAGAAGAACUUACACCCAAAUAAAUAAUUGUGUUUGGGUAGCUUA